AUGUCGGAGGGGAUGGGCACGUUCCGCAUGGUCUCUGAAGAGGAACAUGAGCUCCGUGCCCAACUGGAGCAGCUCACGACCAAGGACCAUGGGCCUGUCUUUGGCCCCUGCAACCAGCUGCCCCGCCACACCUUGCAGAAGGCCAAGGACGAGCUGAAUGAGAGGGAGGAGACUCGGGAGGAGGUGGUUCGAGAGCUGCAGGAGCUGGUGCAGGUGCAGGCGGCAACCGGGGAGGAGCUGGCCGUGGCGGUGGCUGAGAGGGUGCGGGAAAGGGACAGCUCCUUCUUCCUACGCUUCAUUCGCGCGCGCAAGUUCAACGUAGCUCGAGCCUACGAGCUGCUCAGAGGCUAUGUGAAUUUCCGGCUGCAGUACCCUGAGCUCUUCGACAGCCUAUCCCUGGAGGCUGUCCGCUGCACCAUUGAGGCUGGCUACCCUGGUGUCCUUUCUACGCGGGACAAGUAUGGCAGAGUGGUCAUGCUCUUCAACAUUGAGAACUGGCAUAGUCAGGAAAUCACCUUCGACGAGAUCUUGCAGGCAUAUUGCUUCAUCCUGGAGAAGCUACUGGAGAAUGACGAAACGCAAAUUAACGGCUUCUGCAUCAUUGAGAACUUCAAGGGCUUUACUAUGCAGCAGGCUGCUGGGCUCCGGCCAUCAGAUCUCAGGAAGAUGGUGGACAUGCUCCAGGAUUCUUUCCCAGCCCGAUUCAAAGCCAUCCACUUCAUCCACCAGCCGUGGUACUUCACCACGACCUACAAUGUGGUCAAGCCCUUUCUGAAGAGCAAGCUGCUUCAGAGGGUCUUUGUUCACGGAGAUGACCUCUCUAACUUCUACCAGGAGAUUGAUGAGAACAUCCUGCCCUCUGACUUUGGAGGCACACUGCCUGAGUAUGAUGGCAAGGCCAUUGCCGAGAAGCUCUUUGGCCCCCGGGUCCAAGCUGAGAACACAGCCCUGUGA